CGCGCCCAUUGGCCGCCGCGCGGGGUCGGGGGUUCCCCGCGGCGGCCGCGCGCCCUCCCCGCGAGGCCCGGCACAGGCCGGCGCGGCGCUGCCGGCGGGAGGGGCGAGCCCGCGUUCCUCCUCCAACGGAUCCCCCCGUCCUUAAAGCGCCGGCCCGACGCCCCGCCUGCUGGGAGCGGGACUCUGCGCCGCGGGCAGCGAGCGACGGCGGGGCCGGGCCGGGAGCCGGCGAGCGACCGAGGCAGGCCGGAGGCCACCGAGCAGCCGCGGCGGGCGCGCCAGGGUCCGGGCCCCGUCCGAGCGGGUGGCGGGAGCUGCUGGAGCGGGGGUCGGGCGCCGUUGCCGACCGCCGGCGUCUGUCCGGCCAGAGACCGCCCCCUCCCCCCUCGGCAGGGAGGAGCCCCGACGCGGAGCCUCCGCCAGUGCCCCCGGCCGGGUUUCGGGACCAGGUGGCCCCCGCCCGCCGUCCGGACCGAGACCAUGUUCGACAAGACGCGGCUGCCGUACGUGGCCCUGGAUGUGGUCUGCGUGUUGCUGGCUUCCAUGCCUAUGGCUUGUCUAAAUUUUGGCCAAAUAUAUCCAUUUAAGAGAGGCUUUUUCUGUAAUGACAGCAGCAUCCGGUAUCGAUACCAUGACAGUACGGUCACAACUACUAUGCUCAGCCUAGUGGGGCUUUCCCUUCCUAUAUCCUCUAUGAUUAUUGGAGAAUCCCUAAGUGUCUACUUUAAUCACCUGCAUUCAAAUUCCUUUGUCAGGAAUAACUAUGUGGCCACUAUUUACAAAGCCAUUGGAACAUUUUUAUUUGGUGCGGCUUGUAGUCAGUCUCUGACUGACAUUGCCAAAUAUUCAAUAGGCAGACUAAGGCCUCACUUUUUAUAUGUUUGUGACCCAGAUUGGUCAAAAAUCAACUGCAGUGAAGGUUACAUUGAAAAUUUUGUAUGCCGAGGGGAUGCACAUAAAGUUAAGGAGGGCAGAUUGUCCUUUUACUCCGGGCAUUCUUCCUUCUCCAUGUACUGCAUGCUGUUCCUGGCACUUUAUCUCCAAGCAAGGAUGAAGGGAGACUGGGCAAGACUCUUACGCCCUACAUUACAAUUUGGUCUCUUUUCUAUGGCUAUUUACGUGGGCCUUUCUCGAGUUUCUGACUACAAACACCACUGGAGCGAUGUGCUGGUGGGAUUCACACAAGGAGCUCUGUUUUCAGUAUUAGUUGUUGUAUAUGUAUCAGAUUUCUUCAAGCAGAGAAAUUCUCCUUUUAAAGAGGAGACCUCUCAUACAUCUCUGCAUGAUACAACAAGAGCAGGCAAUCACUACGGGAACAGUAACCAGCCUUGAAGGUGGCAGAGUGCCCAAACGAAGCUGGCCUGUUUGUAAAG